CUAUAAUGUCCGCCCUCGGAGCCCCGCCCCGGAAGUGAGAUGUCCGCCAUGUCUCUGGAGUCGGUGCGGUACGGCCGGGGGUCUCUCCGGGUCCUGAACCAGCUGCUGCUGCCGCAGAGGAGCGAGUAUGAGCCGGUUACCGCGGUGCAGGAGGGAGCCCGAGCCAUCCGGGACAUGAAGGUCAGAGGGGCGUGGCUUCCGGAGAGGGCGUGGUCACACGGGAGGGCAUGUGUGUAAUAGCCAAUGAGAUUAGAGCGGGGCGGGGCUGCCCGGAACCACGUGACUGGCUGCCUUCCUGACUUGUCAACACGUGGGGUUUAAUGUAUGACGUCACACAUGGUGUCCCAUGUCAUAAAUCUGACGUCACUGUCUCAGUAUUAUCAGUCCUGGUUUUUAUUUCCUAACUGAGUGCUGGAUAGUUAAUUCAUACAUAGUAUAAAUAAUACAAAAUGGCAUCUCCAUGGAGACAGAUAUAAUGUCUGAGCUGCUAGCACCAUACUAGCAUCAAUCAGUGUUUACCAGGAUCAAUGUCCGCCACAAACCAUCGGUUACUUACAGAGCUCUUAUUGGAGGAGAUAUGGCUGCGUGACGCUGUGCGUGGCGGCUUACAAACACUUAUUAUUAUUAUUAUUAUUGGCAUUUGUUUAGUGCCAACUUAUUCUGCCUUACUAUAAUAUACAGGGGAAAUUUAACAAUAAAUGAGACCAUUACAAAAUGUUACAGAAACAGUGCGUUUACGAGGAUCCUGCUUUAAAACGCUUACAACACUUCACAUAUAACAUAUAGUUUAUAAAACAAUUGAAGGGACACUAUAGUCACCAGAACAAAUACAGCUUAUUGCAUUUGUUCUGGUGAGUAGACUCAUUCCCUUCAGGCUUUUUGCUGUAAACACUGUCUUUUCAGAGAAAAUGCAGUGUUUACAUUACAGCCUAGUGAUAACUUCACUGGCCACUCCUCAGAUAGCUGUUAGAGAUCCUUUCUGGGUCAUGGCUGCCUAAAAUGAAUCCAAACAUUCAGUGUCUCCUCCCUCUGCAUGCAGACACUGUACUUUCCUCAUAGAGAUUAAUUGAUUCAGUUCAUCACCAUGAGGAGAUGCUGAUUGGCCAGGUCUGUGUUUGAAUCAUGCUGGCUCUGCCCCUGAUCUGCCUCUUUGUCAGUCUCAGCCAAUCCUAUGGGGAAGCAUUGUGAUUAGUUGAGAGAAUCACUUCUGAUGAUGUCAGCCAAGCAGGCAGAUCGGGGCAGAGCAGCAGCAGACCGUAACAAAAGUUGGAUUUUACUAUAUUUAGUAGGGUUUGACAGUGUUUUUAAAGGGACACUGUCGUCACCAAACAACUUGAGCUCAAUGAAGCAGUUUUGGUGUAUAGACCAUGCCUUUGAAGUUUCACUGCUCAAUUCACUGCCGUUUAGGCAUUAGAUCACUUUUGUUUCUGUUUAUGCAGCCCUAGUCACACCUCCCCUGGCCGUGGUUGACACAGCCUGCAUGGAAACAAAAUGGUUUUAUUUUUAAUCAGAAGUAGCUUACUUUAAAAGUUUUUGUCUCCUGCUCUACAAUUUGUACUUUAAUAACAUGCAAUAGGCUCCUGUAGAGUCUAGCAAGCAUUGACAGAGCAGGAGAUAAGAAAUUUUAAAUAAAACUGAAUUUGCAGUAAAAGUAUAAACAUUAGAUGGCACUUUACAGGAAGUGUUUAGGAAGGCUGUGUAAGUCACAUGCAGUGGAGGUGUCUAAGGCUGCAUAAACAUGGAGAUUUAACUCCUAAAUGGCAGAGAAUUGAGCAAUGUGACUGCAGUGGCCUGAUCUAUACACUAGAACUGCUUAAUUAAGCAAAAGUUGUUUUGGUGGCUAUAGUGUCCCUUUAACAAUAUAAGGUCAGGAAUACAUGUUUGUGUUCCUGACCCUAUUGUGUUCCUUUAAAAACUUUUAUGUAGAGUCCUAUAAUAUUAAACCUUCUACUCCACAGUGCCCUUGGCAGCUUACCAGUUUGGGCCCCCAUCACUCUUACUAUAAAGAAGGUGAAAGUGGCUAAGAUUGGUGAACAAUCUUCAUGGUGCCAGUGUUCCUUUUAGCCCAUCAGCCUUGGCAGCUGCCUUACGGAUAAUCUAGCAUUGCUGCGGAGCUGUCCUGUGCAGGCAGCUGCAGUUAAAAUGUUUGAUCUCACACUGAUGCUCUCAGUCCACACCUCUAGACCAGUUAGCUGUAAUAAAACUGUAAUAUAUUUCAAAACUGUGGCAGAAUAAAAUAAUAUAUCUUGUAUUAUUCCAUUUUGUUCUUGCCCUUGCCUGAUUAUCGGAUCUGUAUAGACAUUUAUACAGGCUGUAUACAUGAAAACUUAAAAUGGUUUUAAAAGGUUACUCCAACCACCAUGAUCAGAUCAGUAAUUUGAAGUGGUCAUGUGGUAGGAAUCUGUAUGUGCAUUGUUUCUGCUUGAAACGCUGCACCUUGAUAGAUAUAAUCACUUUGUGCUUGGGGGGGCUAGAUGCAUCCGAGGCCCCCAUGACUUUAAGUUUGUUCCAGACUGGCUGAUGUCAGUUCUGUCCAAAAAUGACAUCAUUCGUCCGCAUACACAGCAGAUGAAAUGAUCAUCUCACUUGCUACUUGCAAGGAGAAACUUGUUUUUCGCUUUCGUCUCCCUUCAUAGGUGAAAUCGCUUUUUAAAAAAUGGAAAAAAUCCCCUCUCUCCCCUUGUUGGCUCAGAAUGCACGCAUACAAUAUGAGCUGGUGAAACACUCCAAUCAAAUGCUUCUCUGUUAGAAGCAAUUGAAUGGACCGCACAAGUGCAGGGAUGACGUCAUAUGUAGGAGUGGAGGUCCGCUCAGAGAGACUCGCCUAGCACUGAAUUACAGGUAGAUUUGAAUUCUUUUUUUGCAAAUUUAAAUGGGGGAACCAGCCAGUAAUGCCCAAUAGGACACAGUAAGUUAAAAAUAAAUGUCUAUAAAAGGGUUACUGUAACCCUUUAAAUCAGAAGUACAAUACUUAAGAAUAAAAUACUUAUGAAUAAGAAUAUUCAUCUUUAAUGAAUGUAUUUUACCCAGCCAUGAUAUCUCCAGCUCCCUCCAUCUGUCCAUCUCCUUCUGUAGUUCUGGACAGACUUUUGCCGAGUUACACGCAUGCAUGUUCGACAGGUUCUCGGUUAAGCUAUUAACCAAGUAAGCCGCGUGUGAUUCCCUCCACUCAAAAUUGAAGGCAUCCCUCAGACCAUCCACCACAGGCCGUGGAACAUAUAAGGGCAAAGCCUGUGUCUUAGUUUCAUUAAGUUUAUAAUAGCAAACAACCCCAAAUUGUUUUAAUAUGUGCAUCAAGAAAUCAAGAGACGCAACCAGGUUCCUUAAAGACAAAAUUAUAUAGUCUGCAAAGAGCCAAAUCUAAUGAGUGACACCACCGAUUGCAACACCCUUUAUCUUCGAGUCAUUCCUAAUUAGUUCGGCCAGGGGUUCCAUCUCCAGAAUAAAUAAUAAAGGACAGGGGACAACCUUGUCUCGUACCAUGGUAGUUUCAGGUGAUCAUGCUCUCCUUCUUCAAACUCUUCAAUCACUUGGUCUCUGUGACACAGCUCUCUCGUGGUUUUCCUCUUCUCUCUCCCAACGCUCAUUUAGUGUCUCCUUUUCUAAUAAUACCUCCUCCCCUUGUCCUUUUUCAGUUGGAGUCUGUCCUUGGUCCCCUUCUAUUUUCUCUUUAUACUGCCUCUCUUGGCAAACUUACCUCUUUUGGAUUCCACUACCACCUGUUCGCUGAUGACACCCAGUUAUAUCUCUCCUCCCCGGACCUUUCCUCUGCCGUCCUGCAACGUGUCACUGCUUGCCUUUCUUCCAUCUCUGACUGGAUGUCCUCCCCGCUUUCUGAAACUCAAUCUCUCUAAAACCGAGCUCCUCGUCUUUCCUCCUCCUAAUACUGAUUCCCCUCUUUCGCUCUCCCUUCAAGUUUGUGAUACCCACAUCAGUCCAUCCUUGCAAGCGCGCUGUCUUGGUGUCAUACUUGAUUCUGGCCUCACCUUUGAGCCACACAUCCAGCAUGUUGCCAAAUCCUGUAGAUUCCAUCUUAAAAACAUAGCCCACAUCCGCCCAUUUCUUACACAAGAUGCUACCAAGGAGCUUGUCCAUGCUCUAGUAAUUUCCUGCAUGGAUUACUGUAACCCUCUCCUGAUCGGUCUUCCGAAAAGCCGUAUUGCCCCGCUACAGUCCAUAAUGAACGCUGCUGCCAGACUGAUUUUCCUCUCUAGUUGGUUCUCUCACACCUCACCCCUCUGCCAGUCCUUACAUUGGCUCCCUGUAUGCAAUAGGAGUCAAUUCAAGGUACUAAUUCACACCUAUAAAGCACUGAACAACUCUAGCCCCUCUUAUAUCUCCUCACAGAUCUUUAGGUAUGUCCCUUCUCGGUCUCUCCGCUCUACCCGUGACCACCUCCUGUCCGUUGUCCGCACCCGUACGGCCAACUCACGCUUGCAGGACUUCUCGCAGGCGGCUCCCUUCCUAUGGAAUAGCCUGCCUACCACCAUCAGACUCUCCCCUAGUCUUGCAUUUUUUAAGAAGUGCCUUAAAACCCAUCUCUUUCGGAAAGCUUAUGGCCUCUCAGAGUAACCUCUACCUCACAUACCUGUCUCUUGCUCUCUCCUAAAGGGCAGCCCACCUUAUUUGACUGCAAAUUCCUGUCCUAAUGUGUUUUACACCCCACCUCCUAUAGAAUGUAAGCUCGAUUGAGCAGGGUCCUCUUCAACCUAUUGUUCCCGUAAGUUUAUUUGCAAUUGUCCUAUUUAUAGUUAAAUCCCCCCCUCUCAUAAUAUUGUAAAGCGCUACGGAAUCUGUUGGAGCUAUAUAAAUGGAAAUAAAAAUAAUAGUAAUUUAUUUUCAAGUUCCAAAACCAAGUUGUCAAUUAAUCUCCAUGGUCUGUCUGGAGUCACCGAGAGGGACUCAGGAACAUAUAACCAAUUGAUGUCAAAUAUUUCAGAUCUUAAUACAGUAUGCAAAGUUUCCUUAUUCACCAAAAACCUAUCAAUACGUGAGAACAUGUUAUACUGCACUGAAUGAUAAGUAUAGUCUUUUUUUAUUUUUGCAGUGCAUAAGGUAGGUACACACAGGCCUGAGGUACCCCGACAGCAAUCCUCUGGCAUCAUAGCUCGCAUUACAAUCAGGGUAUUAGAGUUAACAUGCACAGUUUUAUAUUAUAUGAGACAUGCUUAAAGUUGAAUAUUAUAAGAGAUGCUUAAAGUGAAUCAAUCAAGUUUUUGUUUGCAAGUGUUGUUUAAACAUGGGAGAUAAGAUUUAGUGAGGUCUGUCCAGCCACCAUUCCCGCCACAGGCUAGUUGCAAACACAUUGUGUUGAGUUAAGUGGCUAGGAGACAGAUUGGGUUAGAUAGUUUGGGGUUAACCAGCUAGUCUAGGAACGUGUAAACAUGGAAAGCAUCACUAACUACAGAGACACCGCGGUUAUCACUUAAGGUUCAGCAUAGUUAUAUAGGCGUCUGGCAUAAGGGUUAUAUAGGAUCCCUUGUCAUGUUGUCACAAGGCGGCUAAAAGGGGAGGGAAGUAGAAAGGAGACAUAAGGCACACAAGUGGUACACCUCUCUCAACACUGGGGGUAGCAGCAUGGCAUGGAGUCGCCUUGGAUUUCCUAAGAGUACCUCACCCUAUGCCCCUAACAGUCCAGGCUUGGAAGCACUGUUCCUUCUCAGGACGACCACCACUGAUGCUCCAGGCUUGGAAGGGGGCUAGUGACCAGUGUCCAUGGAUCCGCCUACUGCCAGAGGCUAGAUUUCGUGCCCCCAGGGUCCCCGUAGCUUGGUUGCCCCUUAGGGUGUAUGGACGGCUACCUGGUUUGCAUUCCAGGCGGGCCCCCGGCCUAGAAGAGUAGCAGGAAGCUGGUGUAGCUGUAGGCUUUGGUGGAGUACUUGGAGGGGUGAUUUUCCAUUUCGCCUCCAGCCUGACACAAGGGGUUGCCUCAGUGACUGCUGGUGCAGGUAUUGUUGAUUUUCCAUGGGUCCCAGGCUUGGUUCUUUUUGGUUGCGCUUUGCAUGCUGCCCUCUGCUGGAGCCAUAGGGGUCUCCCGCCUCGUCGCCAUUUUGGGGCCUUCAUCCAUGGUGGGACUGCAGGCAUCCGUUGCUUGUUUAGGGAUGGCGGUGAGGGAGAGUGGUCAUUAGGCUGCCGCUGGAAGAGAGAUGCAUCCUCUCCUCCAGGUUGCGCCAGAAUGUAGCAAAGGCUCUGUCUAGCCUGACCAGGAUGUCUGCCUGCUCUGGUGCAGUGUCCGGGUGCCUCGUGGCAUCCGCCAUAUUAGCUGGGUCGGGAGAUGUGCCCGUGGCUCUGGUAUCUUUGUCCACCUUUUGCUGUGGGUCAGAGUGGUUUCCCAUGGUUGGACCGGGAUCACCCCUACCGGUCCAAAGGGGGGGCUAGCUGGGUGCCUGCUCCGCUGUAUUAGCCCGUGUGCUUCUCAGAGCAGGGAGGUCGGCCGCCCCUCCUGCCUGGUGCUCAGCGGGCCGCAUGGUUCCAAGUGUGCCGUUCGUGAGCUGCAGUCAAGCUUCUGCCCUCAGUAGUUUCUUACUGCUCGUUUAAGAGGCAGGUAAGGUUUUGGCUGGGUCUUGGAUCGAGGUAAAUAGGCUGAAAAAUCGCUUUUUUGCCGAAUAUGAAGAGGAGCUCAUGCAAGUCACGUCUCUACAGCAUGACGGUCAGGCUCCGCCCCCCCAUAAGUAUAGUCUUUUUUUACUCGCGUGAGUCACUCACCGUGCAUCAUAUACCCAUAGAAAAAAGCUAUUGAGAACAUCUCUGUGCCAAACUUUCACUGUCACGCCUUUCAGACAAAGAAACAGUCUCUGUCAUUAUAUCCAAAUCAUGAUCAAUCACAAAGUUUGUAUCACCGCACAAAAUCAGUCUCCCAUUGCAUUCAUCCAAAACCUUCUUAACAAUGUUAUUUAAAAAUUUUAAUUGGCCCGCAUUUGGAAAGUAAAUGUUAGCCACUGUGUAAGUUAUGUUGUUAGUCUUGCCUUGUCAGGGGUUCAGGAAUUUCCUGGAAGUCUUAUUUUUGCGCCACCAUGCACAUGGUCCCAUGCCCAAAACAGUUCCAUACACUCGACGACAAAACACAAUUUAAGAUGGCCACCGCCACAUGUUUGAAUCUGUUCCAGUUAAAAGUCCGAGGGGCAGAAACAGUAGUUUUGAACAUGGGUUAUCACAGGGCCCAUAGUCCCAGGGUAGGAGGCUGGCAAACAGGCCCCUCCAAAAACUCAUGGCAAAACUCCCUUAAAAAGGGGGGUUUGUCACACAUGCAGAGCCCUCAAUACACCAAUUGAUAUUAGAUCAGCAUAGUUUCUCCGCAAUAACAAUGAAAACAUAGAUGAAAAGAGAAAAAUGCAAUAAAAAUACAAAUAAAUCAAACACAUUUCAAAAAGGGGGGGGGGGGAACCGGAUUGCAAAAAAGUAUCUACAAAAAAAUAUCAGGCCAACAGCGAGAUGCUUCAGAGAAAAAAUGUAAACACCACGGUGUCGGGUAAAAAAAUAAAAAAAGAUUUAGGCGUGGCAUUUGGGGGUAUAUUAAAGUUCGGUGGUAGAGCGAAACAUAUAGUUCUUACAAAGAUACUGCAAUAAAUACAUACACACGUUGCAAAAUAAUAACUUUGAAAAUCAGGUACACCCAAACCACCAUUCACUCUGAGAUGUUGCUGUAUAGACAACUUGAUCCGAUUUUAGAUUUGUCUGACCAAAUAUAUUUUAUCAUAGCCGAAGUAAGUUUCUUAAAAAAGGAAAUAAAAAUAAACUGUUUAUUCAAGUAAUUUCCUGAAAACUUUACCAAAGUGGAUAGGAUAAUGGCAGGCCACAUCUUGAUAGCGACCACUAUGGUAAUACCACGUUAUUGGAGAUCUGACGUAGUUCCUGCUAUUAAGGAGGUAUUAACACGGGCCUUAGAGAAUGAAUGCUAUGAGAUGCACCUCAGAUUGCCAUCAAACACAACAGAAUCAUUAACUUACCAUUGGAACAUAUGGGAGGGUAAUUCAAACGAAAUUAUUCUUUGAUUGUAGUUUAUUUGCCUCUCCUUUUUGCUCUGUUUGUGCACUUUUUAUCACCGGUGCAUGUGGAGUGCUUGUACACCUUAUUUGACACUAUGUAGUGUUUUUCAUAAAGCAAACGUUAUAUAUAUAUAUAUAUAUAUUCUUUAUUCCAUAUAUUUCAUUGUUUUACCUUUCAAUAAAAAACAUUUGAUAAGUACAAUACUACCACUAAGAAUGAAAGUUAUUAUAUAUAUAUAUAUUAUUUUAAAUCAAACAUUAUUAUUAUUAUUAAAUCAAUAUGGUUAAUGCUGCCAUGUUUUCAAUAAGGAAAGUAAAACAAACGUAUGUGACUUUAUCAAAGUUGGAUUUAUGGGAGUUUCUGUCAUUUUUCUAGGUGCGGGGAGCUCCAGCUAUUGCCAUUGUAGGAUGUCUCAGUCUUGCUGUGGAGCUGGCCAAUAAUCCGCCAUGUGAAACGCCUGCCUUAAUGACAUUUGUCCGGGAAUCCCUAGAUCUCCUGAUUGGCGCCCGCCCCACCGCUGUCAACAUGAAGAAAGCAGCCGAUGAACUGAACACAUUCCUCGCUCGUGAAGCCGAAAAACCUGGAUGUACGGUCCAAGAACUGACUGAAAGGUCAGAAUGGGAAUAUUUUCACAUUGGAGUAUGUCCUCAUCCAAUAGGAGCAAAACACUCAUAGUCUCUAACUUUAAUACCCUCAUCUAUGGGAUUCACAAAAAAAUAGGCCAAGAUACCAUUUGAAGCAUUUUGUUAAAUUACACCUGAUACUAAUCAAACAAUCUAACUUUUACUUCAGCAUCAUAAAGUGGGCAGAAGCUCUCCGGGAGAAAGACAUAGACGACAAUCGCAAGAUUGGGGAAUUUGGUGCGCAGCGCAUACUGGAGAACGCAGGGUCCACGGAGGCCGUGUGUGUGCUGACCCAUUGUAAUACUGGGUCCCUGGCGACUGCCGGGUACGGCACCGCUCUAGGUAAUUUAUAGGAACGGGUUCUUUUUGGACAUUAUAAUCUGUGAUAUCUGGGAGAGGUUUCUCUCUGUUAAAAUUCUUUAGCUAAAAAUAUAGAACUGUCUUUUGUAGGUCAAUCUCUACUUGUUAGCUUCUGUUUUCUCAAACGUCUUUAAUGCUGGCUUUCUUUAGGAUAGAUAUCCUCCCUACUCUUGCUCUUUAACCCCACCAGGUAUCUGCUCUUUCAUACACUUUUACUCGAAUAAUACUUUCUCUUUUCUGGCCAGGUGUAGUGUAAAGUCUCUGCCAUGCUCAUGAUUUGUUUCUGGAACAGGUGUGGUUCGGUCACUCCAUACCCUUGGUCGCCUGUCUCACGUCUUCUGCACGGAAACUCGUCCGUACAACCAAGGGUCCAGACUUACUGCUUAUGAGUUGGUGUAUGAGAAGAUUCCAGCCACCCUUAUCACAGACAGCAUGGCGGCCGUCACAAUGCGAGAACGUCGGGUCUCUGGUGAGUGGUGACGAGCCCUGGGAAGAUUCUCAGCAGAGGCAAAGCUUUCUAUACAAAACAAGCAUGCCCAUUACUCCUUGUUUUAACAUCCGAACAAUAACAAAAUGUCCUAAGGCACAAACACAAGUUCGAUGUUUGCUGUCUCGUGAAAUACUAUCAUCCAUAGAUCAAAAUGGAAUACCUGCUAAUGUGUACCUGCUAUGAUUUAAAGAUGAGAAAUAUAUUCUAUUCAAGUGCUGUUAUAAUUGCUAGAAAAUGUGUAUAUUUUAUUUACCUGUCAAUCCAUUCUCUGAAUAGCGAGCUAUGCUGAUAAUUGAAUGACCGUAGAAUGCUAGAUAACCUUCACCCAGGUUUCCUAAGCAUACCUCCCAAGGAUGCCAACAUGCUGACUUCACACCCACAAGCCUGGCAUCAUGGCAAAAUCAGUAGUGCUGGAUAUGGUAUAACUAUAACCACUCACACAAUUUUUUGCAGUUAUCCAUUUUUAAUUUGUUUGUGUUUUUCAUUUUCUAACCCAAUCACCCUUAGAUCUUUUUCCAGCCAAGUUUAUGCUUGGUAAAUGCUUUUAUAUAUACUGUAUAAUAUGCUUUGGUUUAUCGUAACGUCUGUUUAUCCUAUGAUUCCCCUCUUUAUUUUUCUUCCAGCUGUCGUGGUGGGAGCAGAUAGAGUGGUUGCCAAUGGUGACACGGCCAAUAAAGUUGGGACGUAUCAGCUGGCGAUACUUGCCAAGCACCAUGGAAUCCCCUUCUAUGUCGCUGCACCAAGCACAUCCUGUGACUUCAGCCUACCCACCGGUGCCAGCAUUGUCAUUGAGGAGAGGCCGAGCAAUGAGCUGACAGACAUCAAUGGGACCAGAGUGGCUGCCCCAGGUAAGAGCAGGGAGCCCUAAAUGAUGUAGCUCAGGGCUAAACAUAUAUAGACCUGAGCUAUUAGCCAGGCCUUAAAUUACAAUCCACUGCAAGUCUGGAGGGUCCACGGCAAACCCCAAGGGUGAAAUUCUACUUGUCGCGGCUACAUUUUCACUCACCAGUGGCCUGUGUUCAAAGGAUUAUUCCAAUUGGUGAAAUGAUGGGAGAACUAUACUGAGAAAGAUCUGGCUUUGUGAGUAAAAUUAUAUAUUAAUUUGUCUCUCAGUUUGUGCUAAAGGGAGUAUUCUUUGUGGUUGUAGAUAAGACAUUCCAUCAGGGCCAGAGGAAUCUAAGCAGAAAUAGAGAAUAAGGGUGGUCCACUUCUUCUUCUUGGAAAAGUGGAGUGAAAAGAAAAUGCACGGAUUGCAAGAACUAGUUUGCUCAGUCCCAUGGACAGUCUAGUUGCCCUCCAGGCCUUGACUGGAGCAUAAAGAGUGAAUCUUGAGAGAGGAGAACACAUACUGUGUAGUAGGAGUAAAUUAAUAGGGAAGAAUUGUUGAUCGAUGGACAUGACCAAAUGAGAGUGCCUUGAGGUGAGUCUGUCUAGUGCGUGCUGGUCUCUAAUCCAUGAUGUUUGGCAGACUGAUUCCCAUAUUGAAUUUCAGUUGCUGCAGUUGUUAGUGCUAUCAUUGGGUGUUUGUGACCCUGUAGGAAGAAGGAAAAGAGCCUAUUACAUUGCUGCAUUUUUUUGUUUGUUUUUCCUUGUUUGGAGAGAUGUUUAAGGUGGGAUUGAAACAUAUGGAGGAAUGCUGGUGCGAUUUUAAAGAUUUUUAAAUGGGUGGCCAAAGUCCGUCAAUGUAAUUGGUAAGAGUAUCCAGGCGGCAAUUUUCUGCUCCAUGUCUGAAAUACUAAUACUUUAUUUGGUCAUAUUCAGUGGUGUAUUCUGGAUUUGUGCUGCCCUACCACACCUAAAUUCGGGCACCCCCAAAAUCUAGAUUUGACCCCCCAAUUCAUGUCAAGGCCACUUUUUUGACUGACAGACACAUGCCCUCAUUGAUAAAUGCAUUGAUAUACACUCACUGACAGAUACAGUCAUUGGCACACACAUACAGUCAUUGGCACACACUGUUUAACCAACACACACUUUCACUGACAGACACACACUGACACACCCACUCACUGACAGGCACACACUCUCUCAGAUUCACAUAAAAUGACAUACACACACGCACAGGCACACCCAUUCUCACUCACAGACACACACUGACAGCUACACUCACUCACUCACAGUAAGGUGGACAGCCCCAGAAUACAAGGCAAGCAAGGCAUUUGUCUGGGAGCUUGGGUGGCAUUUUUGGCGCCCCCCUGCCUUGUUUGCCUUGUGGUAAAUACAUCCCUGGUCAUAUUAAGGUAAUAAGGCUAUUGGUUGGGAAGGUUCCCAGAUAUAUUAGGUGAGUGCGCGUCUGUUUUGGAUUCUGACCGGAUUGGGUCCCUGGUGUGAUUCCCAGAACGUAUUGCCAUAGCUGUGGGCCCAGGAGGAGGCAUGUAGUGGGAAAGGCAAAACCGAAACCAUAAAACUGAAAAUACAAAAACAAAGUUAAGCUCCCCACAGAACCAUGGAAACAGAUUGUUACUGAGAACUUGGAGCCUAAGCCGUCACCAUGAAUAUUGUAGAAAUCUCCCCAUAGAUCCAUGGAAACAGAUUGUUACUGAGAACUUGGAGCCUAAGCCGUCACCAUGAAUAUUGUAGAAAUCUCCCCAUAGAACCAUGGAAACAGAUUGUUACUGAGAACUUGGAGCCUAAGCCGUCACCAUGAAUAUUGUAGAAUUCGGCUUAUUCCUGCUCUUAGCUGGGGUGUCCAAACUGUAGGUCUAGUUCAGAUGGGUAAAUCGUAAAUUAACCAGGUACUGCUGCUGAAAUGUUAUGUUACUACCCACCAGCAUGAUUGGAGUGUAUUCUCCAAGCAAGACCUCAUUCACUUGGUACAGAGAUUGCGAGUAUGGUUGGAGAGGGGACAUCUUGUCAGCAAGUUUGAGUCGAAUUAGGACUUGUUUGGAUUUGACUGAAUUAUUUGAAGAGCCAAUUUCAUGUGCGGAGGAACCAGAGAGCCAGACAAAUAACGGAGUUAGGUUGUAGAAUAUGUGACAAAGUGACAAACUCAGAGCAGAAGAUAUCCACUAGGUGGCGCCAGCAGUGCAGAAUAACGUGCACAUUUUGCACCAACAUGGGAAAAACUUUUUGAAGAAGGAAUAUAUUUUAUAGGUUAUAUCUGACACAUCUGGAAAAGCCCGAGGAAUUAUAGGAAUGACCAUACAAAAUGACCACCAUUAUUGCUGAAUACAAAUAAUCUGUAGAAGAUAGAGGAAUUCUCAGAAGCAUGUUCUUAGCCAUCCUGUGCAGAUAUCUAUUUAGGUGGUGACCUCCCUCUACACAAGCUAGCUUUCAAAAUUAGAGCCAAUAUAUAGUGUGGCCUCAAACGUUGAAAAUUUGGUAAGGCGCAGUUCAUGAGGUAUUCAUAAUAAGAUUUGUGCCAGUCUUAUAAAGGGAUGAGGUUGGGAAGAAGUGUGGGAGUCUUAGAUGAUGGUAGCUGGCCUUGAGGCCUAUUCACGAUUUUCAUUUUAGAAAUGGACCCAAAAAGUACAGCUUGCGUUUCCUUCUGAGCGAAGAUGACAGUCGUGCACUGCAGCAUGAGCCACAGAUUUGUCUGUUGGUGUACUGGUCAGCUUGACCAGAGACUGAGGAAUAAUGUAGGGGAUGGACCACUGGUUGGGUGAACAAAAUUGACACAAUGGUGUGUUUGGUGCUUCGUAUUGGCAUCACUAUCACAGCUUGGUGCAGAGUAGGAUCCCAGAGGAGAAGUAGUCUUCGGCACAAAGAAUUGCAAUACCUGAUGUUCUAGAUUGUGUGGAAUAGUUAGGAAACGUAGGGCCACCAAUGGCAAAAGACUUGUUCAUAUAGCAAAGGCGUAUGUCCAUCCUCUGUAGAUUUUCCCAGAGAAGUCCAGAUGCACUGUUUUAGUGGAUUUGUCUGAUGCUAUAGACAGACUCCUCUAUUAAAAAAAGAAGAGACCUCCAAUCAGGAGCUUCUCAUUCUCAACUAUGGAGUUUUUUUUUUCUGAUCCCAUAAUCCUCUCUUAGUAGAUUAGUAACGCAUCCUAUAAGAGCAGUUCCAAUCCUCAUACGAUGAGUGGAACUGUUUUAUAAACUGACAAGAGACAUGCAGUUCAGUUUGUUGAAUUGUGCUUGUUCAGUGAUUGGUCACUGCGCACUUAGAGCAUCAUGGGAAACCUUUGUAAACAAAACUUGCAGGUACUGGUGCCAAGAAAUGUUUUGUACUAACCUUUCCGAAACAAGCCUUUGUAAAUAAGAUGGCUGUAUUUUAACAAAGGAGCAGUAGACCCUUACCUUUUCAUAUUUAUCAUGCUUUUGAACUUGCAUGUGUCUUGUGUGUUAUAGUUUAUUUUAGUUUAUUUUUUUACUCUGGACAAGUAUCUAAUUAAUUUUUCACCUCAAUGUUUCAGGCAUCGGCGUCUGGAAUCCAGCAUUUGAUGUUACUCCCCACGAACUGAUCACUGGGAUAAUUACAGAGCAAGGUGUCUUUAAACCUGAUGAGCUAAAGGAUGGCCUGACCCGGUUUUAGUGACGCUGCAUGCAGUAUAUGUUAUUGUGAGCGCACUUUCUGUGUAACACUAAACUGCACAAAAUGCUACCUGGAACCUCCGACUUGUGUUCUAAUGUAAAAUGCCAUCUAUUUACUGUACUGGCUGACCUCACUGUGAUCCUGUAAUUUUUGUAAUAAAAUGUUCUGAAUUCGUAA